AUGUCGACACGAGAGCGGAAACUUAGGUUCUGCAGCUGAAACAUGAUUCUAUUCACUAUUUUAACUCACUGUCUAACAGUAAUUCACCAUUGACACCUAAUGAAUUGCGUAAAUUCACGUGUUUGGACCAUAGAUUGUAUAUGGUUUGGACAUACAGCUGUACCUGAAGGUGUUUCUGUUAUUUUGUCCACCACCUGUAGUUUUGAACAAUGAAAACCGGCAGCACAUCAACUCUCAUACUGCUGGAGAUGAUCUACGUCACGUUGCUCCCAGCUCUGAAUGCACAAACAGUCAGUGUCCUGCCCGUGGUGACUGGAUAUCUCAGGCAUGAUGUAACCCUGCCAUGCCACUUCAUCAAAGCAUCAGUAAAUGACACUGUAACUCAGGUUCAGUGGAAUCAGCUUGAACCAGAGGAAAAGACUAUCGUUGUAUUUAAACCCCCAUCUGACUUGAACAUCCCUGUUCCUGCUCUGAAAGAGAAGGUGGAACUCACAGAACAGUCGUUAAUAAUUAAAGCUGUUGAACUGGAGGAUGCAGGGCUGUACAGGUGUGUCCUUUCAACCUUCCCCAGUGGUUCAUUUGAGGGAACGACCAAACUCAUUGUUCGAGAACAGCUGCCAUUAUCAUCAGGGGAGGUGUCCGCUAUAGUGAUUGCUGUCAUACUGCUGGUGGGGAGCAUGGCAGCCAUAACGUAUUUCUUCUUCAUCAGAAGGUGUGACUCUUCAGUCAGCCACAGUGUCUUCAGUGACACAGGUGGGACAGUGAUGGAUGUGUCCAAGUCAUCUGGCAUUGAAAGAGCUGAGGACGUGGUCUACUCUGGAGUCAAGCUCAAACCACUGAGAGGCGAGACGACCUCGAGCAACGACGAACACAGGAGGCCAUCGAACGCAGACGUGACAUACGCAGAUGUUAUGAUUUUGGGUCGGAAGCCAAAAUGAGGGCAUAAAUAAUAAAUCACUUUCAAAGCUGCUGUUUGUAAGUUACAUUUACUAUAGUCUUGGUAUCAUUCCACAUAUUGUAAUAUGGAUGAAUGGACCUGUGGUCUGAGUACCAGCUAAACGACAGCCAUUCUCGCCGCUCUGUGAGGCCACGAUCUUCAACCAUUUAAUCAAUUAAUUAUCAAUUUAAUAACUGGCACGAGACAAACUCCAGCUGAGGCUGAUGAGAGUAUAACCUAAUCUAGAAUGACCCUUUACUUCGCUUCACUAGAUUUCUUUGAAAUCGUGGCGUAGUUUUUGCAAAAUAUCCUUGCAGUAUAAAACAUAGCCUUUUUGGAGAAGGUAAUAACACUUUGUCCUGAGAGGCAGCUCGAUGAAAAAUCUGUAAGGAGGUAAUUCCAAAACAUCCUCCUUUAAUAUGUGAAUUAGAUUUGAUUACCUGUAGCUGCUCCUGGAUUUCAAUAAAGAGCUUCUGAGUUCUGAGUCCAUCUGCUUUCAGUCAUUUGUGCAGAAAUUGCUUCAUGUAAAUGUUUCUUGUGGCUGUUUUUCUUGCUUAAGAAAGUUACAAAAUAUGGUUUGCACAGUUGCUGUCAUGGUGGAUACCUGCUUGUGCUUCUUCUCUUAUUCAACUGGCAACUAUAUUUUUGUAGGGGUACAUCGGGCUUUUCCAUGUUGGACACCAUCAGUGAACAUCACUGACUAUGUCUCAUUAUUUCCUGGAAUACAUAUCAUGCAUUUUAAAAUAAAGACAGAGUCAAUGACAGAUAAUGGCGUCGAUAUUCUAUAAUUUUAUUUAUUAUUAAGAAGUGUUUCACAAAGAUGUUGAAUUGUUUGUCACCUGUUUCCUCUCUGAUGCACUUGAAUUAAAGGGACAUUGUUUAAUGCA